AUGAUGGCAUUCUCGUCACUUAUUCCUGAGAGGAAGUCUCCGAUUCCAGGUAUUCCAGUCAUUCCUGGUGGCACUCUGUGGAGCGGCCACCUUCAUUUGCUGCAAGAAACCAAUUUUCAAAAGGCACUUCACAAGUGGACUGUGGAACACGCGGAUGCUUCUGGACGUUGCACCUUUUAUAUGGGCCCAACGACGCCGAGUUUGAGUUUGACGCACUGUGAAGAUGUUCAGCUAUUACUCAAAGCCAGUGCGUACCGUAGUGUCUUUCCACUGAUGGAGACUCAUUUCACACAGCUCUUUGGAACACAGAAUGUUGGACUUCUGAAUGGAAAAGAAUGGAAACAACAACGCUCUGUUCUUGCCAAAGCAUUGCAUUCAAAAGGAGUUAUCAAACACCAUGAAAAGGCCAUUCAAGAAACGACGCAUCGCUUGGUGGACAAGAUCUUGGCGUCAAGCAAUGAUGACGGGUGGUUUCAAUGUCAAGAUCUCGUUCGAUUGAUGAAAGCACUUACUUUGGAUUGCUUCGGAAAGGCUUCAUUCCAUGUCGAUUUUCGAACUUGCCAAGAACAAUUCUUUGAUGGUGACGACAGGAAUAAUUCCAACGCCACUGCUAUUGGGCCUGCUUUUGACAAAUUGACUCAGGAAUUAAUGCGGCGGGUGACGUCUGACAUUAUGUUGCCAACCUCUCAUCUCUAUUCACUACCCACCAAGGCCAACAGAAAUUUCGCACUUGAAAAGAAAAAGGUACUGACGUUAUUGCAGGACAUAGUUUCAAGUCGACAAAAGCAAAUGAAGAACAAAGAAGCAGAGAUUCCAUCAGAUUUGUUAUCUGGAUUUCUGGAGCACUUUGCUUCAGCCGGGAAUGUCAAAAUGGACGAAAAGGAGCUGGCUUUGAUUAUUGCGCAGAGUAUUCUAGGGUUGUUAUUUGCUGGUUACGAGACAUCCUCCAUCACCAUGUCGUACACGGUGUAUCUGCUGUCCCAACAUCCUGAUGUGUUGAACCACUGUCUUGAGGAGAUUGAACAAGUCGAGCAGCGUGGCAACGGACCCGAUAUGCCCUACUUGGAAGCAGUGAUCAAAGAAACUCUCCGGCUGUACCCACCUGCCAUUUCCACCACUCGCUCAGCGGAACAUGAGAUGGAACUCCCGGCUGUUGCUGGUGGCAAAGUUAACGACAACGACAAGAUUGUUGUCCCCAAAGGAACAUACCUCUAUUUUGCCAUUUGGAUGAUUCAGCGAGACCCCAAGCAUUUUGAUAACCCAAACGACUUUGUGCCCGAACGAUGGGUCACUUACUCCAAUGAUCGCUCUUGGGAACCAAGAACAGGUGUCAAUCAAAAGGCUUGGAUUCCUUUUAGUGCCGGCGCCAGAGCUUGUCCAGGACAACGGUUUGCCAUGCAGGAAAUGAUCACUAUUUUGUCCUGCCUCUUGCCCAGGUUAAGCUUUGAAACACUAAGUGACUACGUCUUGGAGCCUUGUCGAGAAGGCUUCGUGCAGACUCCCAAGGGUGGAAUCCCCAUGAUUGUUCGAAGACGCAGCGCCAAAGGAUAA